AUGUUGCCCUCACUCAUCUCAGCAGUACUGUCGCUCCUACUCGUCAACCACCACGUCGCUCUCAUCGCCGCCCAAGAUACGAACCACACCAAUACCAUCAAAUCACCCAAUGCCAGCGGUCGAUCAGUCGAUUGCUCCUCGGGCCAUGGCAUGUCCACCGAUCGAAUCCCCACCAAAGACUGCAUUAACGCCAUCCUGCAAAUGGAUCAGGCACCCGACAUGUCGAUAAGCCAGCCUCUGAGUUUUGCAGAUGGUAAAUGCGCAGUAUCGAUCGCCGGAGGCGCCAGCACUUCUUGGAUCGCUAUACACAUCGCCGUGGGCCAAAUCGCACAGAGCUGUACCACUGGAAACGGCGAUACUAUUGCGAAUGGAGGGAGUAUCAUUACAGGCCCGCGGGCAGAUUUGAAGGUUACCAUUCAGAAGGCCGACUCUGCUGUUGUGGCGGACUCGACGGCGACUUCGUAA